AAUCAAUGGUAACAACAGAUUUUCUUAAGUUCUCCAGUGACCAACAAGCACGUAAACAAGAACAAAGGAUCCAAGACCACGACGAUCCCGGCCCUGCCACGGACGCUAGGUGCCAAUCAAACUUUGCCAUCCCCAAGGGUACAAUUGUCGCUGCCUUCGUCUUUGAGUGCCUCGUGCAGAUUCGCAUUUGUCAGGAAUUAUCGAUCCUGACACGAACAAUCAAACACCCAGAAAACUGCCAUGGAAGUUCAUCUUCUAGUGACUUGUUUGCUCAUCCAAAUCUUGAGCUAUAUAAUAAGGCCCCUCACUACUGCACUCCACUCCAGCUUUUGCCUCAAAUCACUUUACAACGAUGGCAAUUUCUAUCACUUAUAAGCUUGUGUUCUUCAUGACCGCGUCUGUAUUCUUCUUCUUCACGAGCACCACUGCCGCCGUUCUUAAUCAAGCCCAGUGUGAAGAACAGAUAACAGCCAGCUGCACGAAGGAUGGCAUUCCAUCAUCGGAAAAGUGCUGUGCAACAAUUGCAAGGAUCAAGCAGGAGUCCCCUAAUUGUUUGU